AUGAGGUGUGUGUGGGCCGCACUCUGUGGGAUUGUACUGCUAAUGCAGGUUAUUAUAACCAAUUCACAAACCUCAGAUUCACCCGUUGGGGACUGUUCUCAGUUUGACUCGUGCAAUGGCUGCAUCAGCGGAGACCCGGCCCUCAACCUGACACAAUGUGUGUGGCAAAGUUAUACAACCCCUGGGUCAGGCCCUGAUUUCUCUCAAGCAUCUUUCGACCUGUCCAGCUUCAUUGGAGGAAUCAUCCUAGUGUUGGUGCUGCAGGCUGGGGCUUUUUUUGCCAUGCGGUUCCUCAAAACGAAAGACAGCUCUUAUGAAACUAUUGAUCAACCUCAGUGA